AUCAGCGCGCGCCACAGUGGCGUGCAGUAAACAUGGAAGAGAUGCAGGACCGAGUUUUAGAUCUUGUUAAGGUUCAUGGAGGUGGAGGUUAUGAUUCAGACUUUAGUGAUGAAGAUGAUGCUGGAGGAAAGUCUAAAUAUGGGGAGAUCAGGACUGGUAAAGAUGAGCUGUUACGUAAGCCCUUUCAGAAAGGAAAAGACGGAAGUGUGGCUCAUAAGAAUGUGGCUGCAGCUGAAUGGGACAGAGAGGAAGCCAGAAACCGUCGACAUCACCUCAUCUCAAUGAACGCUUUCGACCGUCACAAGAAGUUUGUCAGCGACUACAUACUCUACUAUGGAGGGAAAAUUGAAGACUUCAGACGAUCAAUGUGUAAAGAUAAGACAGACCUGGACGUGGUGAGAGAAAACCAUCGAUUCCUGUGGAGAGAUGAGGAUGAGGAGGAGAUGACAUGGGAGAAGGAGCUGGCAAAGAAAUACUAUGACAAACUUUUUAAAGAGUACUGUAUCUCAGACCUCAGCAAAUACAAAGAAAACAAGUUUGGGUUUAGGUGGCGCAUUGAAAAUGAAGUUAUAUCUGGAAAAGGUCAGUUUGUGUGUGGAAACAAGCGUUGUGAGAUGAAGGACGGUCUAAAGAGUUGGGAGGUUAACUUUGCAUACGUAGAGCAGGGAGAGAAGAGAAACGCCCUGGUGAAACUGCGUCUUUGUCCAGAAUGUUCCUUCAAACUCAACUAUCAUCAUCAGAGAAAAGAAAUCAAAGUUCAGAAGAAACAGCCAUCCAAAGAUCCUGUGGAAAAGUUACACUUGAAAAAAUCCAGAAAAUAUAAACGCAAAGACAAACGGAAACACAAAAAGAGACGCAAAGAGUUCACCUCAUCAGAUUCAGAGAAGCCUCAGGGAUCAGACUCAGAGAAUGAAGACGAGGAAGAAGAAGAUGAAGGUCCUUCAGAAUCAGAACAUUGGAAGGGUCCAGCGCCCGCUGUUGAUGAAAAAUCACGGGAGGAAGAAUUUGAUGAGUAUUUUGAAGACAUGUUUCUCUGAGUCGCUUAUGUUUUGUAUAGUUUAUUGAUUAAAAGUCAGCAGUCCUUUAGGACAAAGUGAGGAGAUAUUAUAAUAAAAGUUAUUCGGUCAGUUUAUGUUUACAUGCGUGUGCAGGUGAUCUUCAGUCCUGUAUUUCCCAAACAAGGAAAAUAAGCAAAGAGAUUUAGUUUACGAUGAAACAUUUGAGGAAACUCUGAGCUGACAGUGUAAAGGUCACACUUGUCUCAGCUGUCACCUGAUCCUCUUUACCUGGAGAUAAUCCAGUUUUACUAGUUAAUCCCCAGCUCAAUAGAGAAACUCCUGACAUGUCCUUUAAACAAACGGUCACAGAGACCUCAGACCAUUGAGUUAAAUGAUUAAUAAAAACUCAAGAAUA